ACCAGCCUCCUGCCCAGGGGCACUGCCCCAGCGCUACCCUGCCAGUGCGUGUGGCCGUGUGAAGCUGGGGCCUGUCCCCGGAGCCUUCAGAGAGAUCACAGACCUUACAAGCCCUAUGUUGCUGGACCCCCAGAACACAGAACAUGGCAGAUGGGGCACAGGCCAACCCCAGAGUGUUCAGGAAGAAGGUGCUGGUUAGACAUCUCUCUGGGUGGAGGGGCCCAAGCCUCAGGGCCUCUUCUCCUAGGAGAAGCUCCAGAUCUAGCUUGGGUAUGAAGAAGUUCUUUGCCAUGGUCAUCUUGGUCAGCAGCGUCCUGCCCGAGGCCCACGGCAGCCUGCUUAACUUGAAGUCCAUGGUGGAAGCCAUCACGGGGAGGAACGCCAUCCUGUCCUUCGUGGGUUACGGCUGCUACUGUGGGCUGGGAGGGCGCGGGCUGCCCAUGGACGAGGUGGACUGGUGCUGCCACGCCCAUGACUGCUGCUACCAGAAGCUCUUUGACCUGGGCUGUCACCCCUAUGUGGACCACUAUGAGCACACCAUCGAGAAUAAUACUGAGGUCGUCUGCAGUGAGCUCAACGAGACGGAGUGCGACAAGCAGACGUGCGAAUGUGACAAGAGUGUGGUUCUGUGUCUCCGGAACCAUACGUACAACGAGAAGUAUCGAAACUACCUCAACAUCUACUGUCAGGGCCCCACGCCCAACUGCAGCAUCUACGAGCCACCGCCCGAGGAGGUGGCCUGGAGACACACUGACCCCACUCCCCCUGCACCUCCCUAGUGCCCUCUGGGGACAAGACAGACUGAGCAGGGGGAGCUGGGGCGGGGCGAGACUGGGAGUCCAAGGACUGUGAGACAGGCUCCCAAGGGCUCGGGAAGGCCUGGGCUCUGACUGUGGCCCCCAGGCUGGUCCAGCCUGGCCCUGGGUGUGGCCAUGUUCUGCCACCGGUCCUAGACUUGGCAGAGAACAUGCAGCUUGUUGGGGCUUCUCCUGAGUGUGGAAGGCAAGGCCUGAGAGAGAGGAGGUCCCCUGAGUGGGGCCUCUGCUCCUGGCCACAGCCUGACUUGUUCGGCCUCACCCUCCAGGUUGGACCCCGGGGACUUAGAGACUGAGAGUUUUAGCUGCCGGCACAACCUCAGAGCUUGGUGUGUUCUCAGACAGGUUGCCAGACCGAUGGCGGGCUGGUCCCAAGGUCUGGGCUCUGGAGGCCUCCUGGCUGCCCCUAGGAGGACUCAGGGUGACCCUUGCUUUCUCCCUGGAGCUCCAGGGUAGGUGGACCAGAGUCAGAGGUGGCCCAGACAUCAGAGGGUGACCACAGUGCUUAGCGUCUCUGCCCCAAAGUCUGGCCUCAGAGCGGUCUCCAGGGCUCCGACAGAGCCCACAUUCCUAGUGGCACUCCCCUCGGUGCAGGGUAACCCAGAUGGGGGCACCGAUAUGUCCCCAAGAACUCACAGUUCUUCCCCUGCCUCCCUGCUGAGCCGGGCCUGCCAUAGGGCAUGGCCCAGAGGAGCUCCCAACCCCAGGCUCCUGGGACCCUGGCAGACGUGGAGGCGACAGGGCUGUCCCCCCAUUCCCACACCUCCUGUCCUGCAGCAGCCAGGCCAGUGGGUGGAGAGACCCCAAACCCCUCUCUCCCUGCCAGGGAGAGACGAGGCUGCACCCUGGGGUCCGAAGUCCUCUCCAUGGGGAGGAGGCCGAGGGCGGGGACCCACCUCCGUGAAGGGGGAGACAAAGGCAAGAGGGACCGGGUCCAGGAAGGAGGCUGUGGGGAACAUUCAGGAAGGCCGUGGGGAGGCAGCAGCAUGCAGAGGGAUGAAAGCGGAGAAAGUGGGAGAGAGGUGGGGCCCAGAGGCACCCAGACCUGAGGGGUCUGGGUAGGAGAAGCGCGGUAAAGGAGCCUGGGUUGCAGGACCCUCCUUGGGCCCAGGUUCCCACUGAGCCGGUGGGACUGUGGGCCGAGGUGGAGGAGGGUCAGCCUCGGUGGGGGGGUGGGUGCAGCUUUCUUGACUCUGCGCCAGCACUGCUGUUUCUCCAGGUGCACCCUCCCCUGUCUUGCCUGCCUCACCUCCUGACCUCAGCGGCCUCCAAGUAACCAGCACGCCCUGCCUCACCCUGAUGACCCCCUGGCCCAGCACUGUGACUCACCUGGACACCGAGAGCAGCCACCAGGAGCUCGCC